UACUAUGAAGUUUGCAACAGCAAAAACCACCAGAAAGCAAUAAAAGGGAAAACAAAAUCCUCAUUAUCAUCAGGACUUUCAGAAAACCUUACUAGUUUCUUCUGUCACCAUGGAUUAUGAGUUACCUAAGAUAUUAUCCUUUACCAUGCCCUUUAUUCUCUUCAUGAUUUUGGCACUCAAAAUAGGGACCAGUCUCAAGAAAACUGGGUCAUCUCAAAAAAUACCACCAGGACCAUGGAAGCUACCUGUCAUAGGAAACAUACACAAUCUUCUUUCAUCUGCACCACACAGAAAAUUAAGAGACUUAGCCAAAAUAUAUGGUCCUUUGAUGCAUCUCCAACUUGGGGAGGUCUUCACAAUCAUUGUUUCCUCACCAGAAUAUGCCAAGGAGAUCAUGAAAACCCAUGAUCUCAUCUUUGCAUCAAGGCCUACACUUCUAGCUUCUGAUAUAUUGUGCUAUGAAUCCACGGAUAUUGUGUUUUCUCCUUAUGGAAACUACUGGAGACAGCUACGAAAAAUCUGCACAGUGGAACUUUUCACCCAGAAACGUGUCAACUCAUUCAGACCAAUAAGAGAAACUGAGUUCACCAAUCUCGUUAAAAUGAUUGAUUCUCAUCAGGGGUCUUCCAUCAACCUCACUGAAGCAGUUCUUUCAUCGAUAUACAACAUCAUUUCAAGAGCUGCGUUUGGCAUGAAAUGCAAAGACCAAGAAGAGUUCAUAUCAGUGGUAAAAGAAGGAGCACUGGCUGUAUCAGGUUUGAGCAUUGGAGAUUUGUUUCCUUCUGACAAAUGGCUUCAACUUGUUACUGGUUUGAAGCCUAAGCUUGAGAAGCUGCAUCGACAAAUUGAUCGGAUUCUGGGAGACAUCAUCAAUGAACACCAACAGACAAAUCCAAAAAACCCAGAAGGCCAGGGUGAAGCAGACGAAGAUUUGGUAGAUGUUCUCCAAAAAUUCCAGGAUGGUAAUGAGAGAAACCAUGAUAUUUGCUUAACUAUUAACAAUGUCAAGGCUAUAAUCCUGGAUAUAUUUUCUGCUGGAGGAGACACAGCAGCUUCUACCAUAAAUUGGGCAAUGGCAGAGAUGAUGAAGGAUCCAAGAGUAAUGAAGAAAGCACAAGAUGAGGUGAGAGAGGUAUUCAAUAUGAAAGGAUUGAUUGAUGAAACAUGCAUGGAUGAACUCAAAUACUUGAAAACAGUGGUCAAAGAGACCUUAAGGUUACAUCCACCAGCUCCUCUUUUACUUCCAAGAGAAUGCAGAGAAGCAUGUGAGAUUAAAGGGUAUCAUAUUCCAGCUAAAAGCAAGGUAAUUGUGAAUGCUUGGGCAAUUGGAAGAGAUCCAAACUAUUGGAGUGAAGCAGAGAGGUUUUAUCCAGAGAGAUUCAUUGAUAGCUCUAUUGAUUACAGAGGGAGUAGUUUUGAGUACCUUCCAUUUGGUGCUGGAAGAAGAAUAUGCCCAGGUAUCACAUUUGGUUUGAUAAAUAUUGAAGUGGCUCUUUCAUAUUUGUUGUAUCACUUUGAUUGGAAGCUUCCAAAUGAAAUGAAAAGUGGGGACUUGGACAUGACUGAGGAAUUUGGAGUGACUGUUAGAAGAAAAAAUGACAUAUACUUGAUACCAGUCACUUAUAACCAUGCAAGAAAGUUAUGAACUUUAGCUUCAUCAUUACUCUUUUGCUUCAGA